UGAACUGAUAUCAACUAUGCGGACAACCACUCUGCUUUUGGGCCUGGGCCUCUUGGUUCUCUGCUUCUCGAGCUACAGCAAUGCGGCUGAUGAUCCGACCACUCCAACUGAUGGCAGCACCACCCCCACCGAUGGAAGCACCACUCCCACUGAUGGCAGCACUACUCCUACUGAUGGCAGCACCACCCCAACUGAUGGCAGCACCACCCCAACUGAUGGCAGCACUACUCCCACAGAUGGCAGCACCACCCCUACUGAUGGCAGCACCACUCCCACUGAUGGCAGCACCACCCCCACUGAUGGGAGCACCAGCCCAACUGAUGGCAGCACUACCCCAACUGAUGGCAGCACCUCACCAACAGAUGGCAGCACCACUCCCACUGAUGGCAACACUUCUCCAUCGACUGGAGACAGUACCUCUCCCUCAGCGGAUGAUGCCACAAGUCCUGUGACAGGAUCCUCCGGCGACACCUCUGCGAACGGCAGUAACAGCGGAAACGGAAGCAAUAACAAUAGGAAUGCUAGUAACCGCCGAAACCGCCAACGUCGCCAGCGGGCACGACGUCAACGUCGCCGUCAAAAUCAACGCAGGAGGAACCGCCGGAACCGCAGGAACAAUAGGAUCACCAGGAACGGCUGAGCGGUCAUAAUUGGGUUUAUUAAUUUACUCAAAGAAAAAAGCAUUAAAAAAAGGAAUUCCUAAAAAGUCUUAACUACAGUUUUUCUUAAAAUAACUAUACUGAAUUAUUUCAUAUCCCACUUGUUCUAUAAGUCAUCCAUAAAGAUAGUUGGUGACGUUACAUCUGGAAACAAUCUUAACCUUGUCAGUCAUAUGAAUACAUCCAAGUUUUCAAUUCAAAUUUUCAUUUCACUUGAACUUUGAUAUUGAAAUGUUUCGUAUUUGAUUUUUUAUUACUAAUGCCACAUUCUCGCCAGUUUAAUUAACUCAUUUUAACGCAAAACGUGAAUGUCCAUUAAAACACUUUAUUUCCUUUGACCUAUUGAAAUCUAUAAGCCAUAAUAAUUCCUGUUUUAUACCCACUACGGAACUGGUUA